AUGUCCGCUGAAGCACCUCCAAAGUACAUUUACAAAAUUGUUCCUUCAGCGCCUGAGGAUCCAUUUCCCAAUGAACAUCCUUUGUCAGAGCUUGACCGGAAUGAUGGUUUCGUCCAUCUAAGCACGUCCACUCAAGUACCCAAGACAGCAGACUUGUUUUUUACCCGUGCAUCCUCACUUUGGGUUAUCAAACUGGAAUUUGCCCAGUUUGCUGAUUCUCUCAAAUGGGAGGACAGUUUCCCGCAUUUGUACAGCAACUUUGGGGUUAAGAAUGUGGACUCUGUUGAGAAGUUUGUUCGCCAGGAGAACGAAACAUGGGGCGAAGUUAUGGGAAAGUCAGCUUGGUUGGAGUAG